GGGAAAACCGGUUAUGAGCAAAAGUGAGGUUUGGGGUCUAGACGCUUGUUCCGAUGGCAACCACCCUUGAUUGUGAUGUCAAAAAAUUUUUGCCGCUUACGGAAUCGUUUCAGGAACUUCUGACUCCAAAUAAUGGAAGAUUUGGAACAUGCUGAAUGCUCCCCUAUUACACAAAUAGAAGAACUAAAGGAAUGGGAAGAUGCGAUUGCAAAAUAUGUAACAGCCGCCCCCCUGAGAAAUAGAAUUGAACGUGAUUGUCCAAAAACCUUAAUCUGCCAUGAUAUGAAAGGAGGAUAUUUAGAGGAUAGGUUUGUGCAUGGCUGUAAAGCUGAAGAUUGUUAUUAUUUCACACACUGGUCUCUUGUAGAUAUUUUUGUAUACUUUAGUCAUCAUUUAGUAACUAUUCCACCAUGUGGAUGGAUUUCUGCAGCUCAUAACAAUGGUGUGAAAGUUUUAGGCACUUUUAUCACAGAAUGGGAUUCUGGUGAAAAGGUCUGUGAAGAACUGUUUAAAGAUAGCAAUAAUGUCAUACAUUAUUCUAGGCAGUUGGCUAGAAUUGCAGCACUUUACAAUUUUGAUGGAUGGUUAAUUAAUAUAGAAAAUAAACUAAAGAUAAACCAAAUACCUCUCGUAAAGCAAUUCAUUAACUUGUUGACAGAUAUGAUGCAUUCAUUUCGGUCACACACUCUUGUCCUUUGGUAUGAUAGUGUCACUACAAGUGGAGAUCUCGAAUGGCAAAAUGCAUUAAAUGAACAUAACAGAGACUUCUUCGAUGGAUGUGAUGGAAUCUUUUUAAACUAUAACUGGAAAGGUGAAGAUUUGAAACUGUCUGCUUAUGAGGCAGGUCUUCGCAAGACUGAUAUAUAUGUUGGUUUGGAUGUGUUUGGCAGAGGUUGCCAUGGUGGUGGUGGAUUUUCUACAAAUAUUGUAAAUAUGUAGUUUUAUAUUUUAAUAUAUACAUUUAUUUUUUA